AUGUACAGCAACUCGCCGCACCAGAUGAUGGUGCAACCCUCGCCAUUUAGGAGUUUUGGUGACUCCAAUGGCUACACCCACCCCAUGGAGAAGCCGCAGAUAUACACCGCCGUAUACUCGGGCGUCUCCGUCUACGAAAUGGAAAUCAACCGCGUGGCCGUCAUGCGCCGGCGCUCCGACUCCUGGCUGAAUGCCACCCAGAUCCUGAAGGUUGCCGGCGUUGACAAGGGCAAGCGCACAAAAGUUCUCGAAAAGGAAAUCCUUACCGGCGAACACGAAAAGGUGCAAGGCGGCUACGGGAAGUACCAAGGUACCUGGAUAAACUACCGCCGCGGGAGGGAGUUCUGCCGCCAAUAUGGAGUCGAGGAUAUCCUAAGGCCGCUGCUGGACUACGACAUGAGCGCUGACGGAAGCGCCGGCCAGGGGAUCGACACGCCGACGAAAGAGCAAGCCAUGGCAGCAAACCGGAAGAGAUUCUACACAGCCAGCAUGGAUGGCCGCAACUCCAGCCAGAACGUCGGCGGCACCUUUUUCUCCAACAUCUCCUCGACAGCAACUAGCGCACUGGCUGCUAUGAACAAAGUUGCAAGGAUGAACUCUCCCGCACCACGACCUUCAAGCUCCUCCCAGCGGAGAUCCAUGGGAAGGCCGUCACAAGGACCUGUAGGCAGCCAAGAAUCCUUCCGGGGAAGUCAACAGAGCGCUCCGAGCCUCAAUUCUGAGCGCAGCUUUGGCGCAAAUGGCACUGGCGAUUCGGCAUAUGCCACUCAGCGCUACAGUGGAGACUAUGACGGACCUGCCGACUCUCAGGAACCGCCACGGAAAAGAAUGCGGCCAUCCCAGGAGGACUCCUUUGCCCAACCAAACGGGGCCGAAAUCUCCAUGCGCGAGGGAUCGCCCACCGAGCCUAAUGACUCUUUCGUUUACCACCAGCCAGGGCAGCAUCUGGCCACCGCCAAUGGGGAAGUGCCUACUGCUCUAGCUCCGCUCCCACCGCCUAGUGAUGAAAGAUCGGAACUGAAGCAGGCCAUGUUGACCGACCUUUUUGCUGAUCAGUCUCGUACCGAUUUCUCGAACCAUCCUGCCAUCAAAGAGCUUUCCGGCUCGGAUCUAGACAUGCCUAUUGACAAUACCGCAAAUACGGCACUACACUGGGCUGCUACCCUAGCUCGCGUGUCGCUCAUGCGACUCCUUGUCUCCAAGGGCGCGAAUAUGUUCAGGGGCAACGCUGCUGGCCAAACACCGCUGAUGAGCGCUGUUUUGGUAAACAACAGUCUCGACCACAACAGCUUCCCGGAAACGCUGGAAAUAUUAGCGCCUCUCAUAGAACUGAGAGAUGCUCAAGGCCGUACCAUUCUCCAUCAUAUUGCGGUCACAUGUGCGAUCAAGGGUCGCGCGGCGUCGAGCAAGUACUACCUCGAAGCGCUUCUAGAAUACCUCGUCCGAAGUAAUACCGGUUCAAACAGUCAGUCCAACUCUUUCGACGGCAGCGGCAAUUUAACAAUGAAGCCAAUAGGCCUUAUGAGAUUCAUGCAAGAAAUGGUUAAUGCUAGAGACAAGGGUGGCAACACAGCUCUGAAUCUUGUAGCACGCAUCGGCAAUCGUAGCAUCAUUUCGCAAUUGAUGGAAGUCCAAGCAGACCCCACGAUACCAAAUUACAAGGGCAUGAGGCCCAUUGACUUUGGCGUGGGAAGCGAACUGGAACGCGCAGACGCCCCGUCCAUGAGCCAGAUGAGUUCGCCAAGCAAGAGCAAAGCACCGUUAAGUAAAGUCGAGGAAACAAGCAGAGAGAUGCUACCACUCUUUCAAUCGUUCCUUUCGCAAGCAUCAACACAAUACAACCAAGAGUCCCGAUUAAAACAAGACGCCAUCGACCGUUUGAACGAAUCUAUAGCGCAACAAUCCGCGCUCCAGAAAUCCGAAUCGCUCCACCUCGACACCCUCCGCCAGAAUCUGCGCGCUCGGACCGACCGCUCGCAGCGAAUCCUAAACCUCCGGCGCUGGCUGGACACACAGCGACGCGUCCUAAGCGUCACCGACCCCUCGGGCUUACAAGGCGCAAACAAGGUACGCGUGGGCGACGCAGACGAACAUGGUGUGGGCGUCUCUAUCCGUCUUGAGGAUCUGCCCGAGACGGCGAAGAACGCGAGCAGGAGUUUGAAUCUUCCGCCGUCAUCGUCAGCCGAAUUCCUCAAAAUCCCACCGCUACCGCUAGAUGCGUCUACCAUGUCUCCCGAGCAGCAGAUCUACCUUUCCCGCUUACCAAGUACGGCUGUGCUCCGGAGUAAAUUGGAAGCUUAUGUCGAAAACAACAUCGCUCUCGCUGGGCGCAGCAAAGUGCUAAGGAAGACGAACGGCGAGCUGGGGACUAUGUAUCGGAAAGUCGUGUCGCUGUGCGCCGGCGUCGCAGUGGCAGACGUAGACGCCAAACUAACCUCGCUGAUUGCAGCGAUUGAGAGCGAGGAGAGUGACACAAUUGAUUUGGCACGUGUGAAGGAGUUUUUGAGGAAGGUGGAGGGGGUUGAAGGUUAA